CCUUUCGAAGAUGGCUGCGCCCAGCCCUACAAAAUCGGUAUAAUUAAAAUUAAUUAAAAUUAAUAUCACAUUUUAAUUUUUAAGCUUUUAAUGGAUAUAUAAGUUAGUUGGAGUGGAAUAAAGCAAGAUAUAACUUGACAUUUUUAAGAAAUCAUAUUACACGUUCAUACGAAUAUGACUUAUGCAGUAACAGUGGCCGAGUAUGCCCUGGGCUAGAUAAAUUUUAUUUAAAUUUAAACCCUCCUAAUUUAAGUUUAAGCCUAGCCCAAUAUAAGUUAUUCUGUUAUAGUUUAUAUAAAUUAAAUCGAUAAUCGCAUGUUAUGUAUAUCAUAGGCUAUUAUUAGUAUUAAAAGCUGUAUAAUAAUAUACUUAUACUUCUUUUAUUUAUGGCUAAGCCUUCUACUUCAUUAAAAUUAAAGUUAAAGUUAACUUUAACUUAUGUUAUAAUUAUAAGUUAAACUAGGCCUAGCCAGCGGCUAUAAUUUUUAAUUUAUAUUUUGCUUUUGGUAUUUUCUGCUUCUUUUUUGAAACCGCCUUCCCCCAACUCAACGUGUUCUAUAUUAAUAGUACUAUAACUAAAUGAAAAAAAAAGGCUGUCAUGUAUCAUGUGUGGCCUGAGAAUUCAGGUAAAAAAUUGUUGAGGCGAGGCGACUAUUAUUCUGCUAGUUGGUGUUAUUGUUGGUGUGCACCUGUUUGCUAUUUUGGUUAAAUUGCAAUGGUUGUUUCAUAAUUAGGUCUUUGUUAUAAAAUGAACGACAGUAUUAAUAUCUUCUCUGUUGACGGGUUUUUGUUAAACAUCAUCUCUAUUCCCGGAUCCGGCAACUGCCUGUUCCUAUUAGUUGUUUAUUUCUUGAUAUAAAGAGUUGACAAAGGUAAUGCACUCUCACUGGGUCAUAAGGCAGGAGAUUUUGUUGCAUACUACUAUAGACUAUAGAAAAUGAGAAGUUAACCCUUUCUUUGUAACACUUGGACCCACCUGGCAUUUUCUCAAAAUACCCGGACCUGGUGUAAAAUUUAAACUUCACUCGUUUAAGCCCUAGUUGACAGUAUUAUUAUUGUCUGAUAUUAUACUAAUAUAAAUAUAGUCAUAUAAUAAUCAUAUUUAAUAUAAAAAAUAAUAUAUCUUUAUAUCUAGGCCUAGGCCUUUAUAUUAUAAACUAAAUUAUAUAUAUGAUGAGAUUCUUGGCAAUCCUUUAAACACUUGUCCUACAUUAAAAAAACUAAUAAAACGCAGUGAAUGAUUACUAUUAUUGAUCCAAAUAAAUGGAAAUGUUUUCUGAUUAAAAUUACAUUCAUUGUAAUUAUACUCAUUUUCAGCACAUAAAUAAAUACAUAUUUUAACCAAGACAACAUUUUACAAUUAACUGUAAUUAAACACAAGACAUCAAAAGUAUUUCUUUAGCAUAGAAAUGAGCCAUCAAUGAACUACCUUAGUGACAAUAUUAACUUAAUUAGUAAUCAUUUUGAUUUGGUAACUGCUGGGGGAGCACACUGGUAAAUUCUUACAGACCAAGGGCCAGGGAAUCAAAGAAUUUUCAUAUCUUUCGGUCCUAACUUUAAGAGAAAGAAUUCGCUUUGAUCGAGCUGAUAUUAGGUAUCUGCGAUGAAGAGGGUGUUUCAUCUAACAUAUAUUUGGUUUUACAACAGCAGUUUUCUUCAAAUAGUUCUUAAAACUUGAAGUGAAGGAUUUUAGUUAGUGUGAUAUUACUACUAACCAUCUUGAUUAUUCUAUUUAAUCAGUGUUUAAUGUCAGAUGAUGAUUCCCACACCAGCGGGUAAUAAUGAAGUUGAGUUGGCUUUCAACUCUUGCACUGUACAAUAUGUUAAUAACUUGUUAGUUUACGUACAAUUUUUUAAUAUACAUUAUUUGACAGUAUUCUUGCCAUGUUAUCUUAUUAUUAAUGGUGACACCUAGGUACUUAUAUGUCUCUUCUUGCUCUAUACUGGGAUUUUUUUAUUGUGAUACAUGCAAUUGGUGAGUACACCUCUGGAAAUCGACAACCAUUUAUUCUGUUUUUGAGACAUUUUGAUAAAGCUUGUAUCUAAGUUGUCCCCUUCAGAUAUUAAGCCAACAAUGGUGGAUUCAUCAGAAAAUUUAAUGAUGGGAAUGAUUUGCUUGGGCUCUGGAUAUCAUUGGUAUAUAUUGAAUAGAGGAAGGGGGGAGAAAUCAUACUUGUGGCAAAACUGUUCUUAUUUCUCUAGUUAAUGAUAUUUGGUCAUUCAACUUAACAUAUUGUGGGCCAUUUGUUAAAAAUUUCAGUAUCCAGGCUUGAAUAUUUGAAUUUACACCUAACAAAGAACUCUUUUUAAUCAUAAGGUGUGGUUGGAUAGUGUUAAAUGCUGAUGAGAAGUCUAGGAAAAGCACCCUAGCAAAUUUUUAGGGCUGUCUAGGUGAUGGUAAAGUCUUUCCAACAAUAGUGAGAUGGUUGUGAAAGGCUAUAGUCUAUAUUUAUACUAAGUUUUUUAUAUAGUUGUAUUAGAUAAAUUAUUUAUUAAAAAUAAUUAGACCUUAAACUUAUCGUUGAAUAUUUAAUAUAUCUACUUAUUUUUACCAUAAACCUACUAUUUGGAGUGAGCAUAUUUAUUGAUGCUGUUCGUCAUUUACAUGGACAAAAUCACAAAGAUUGCCAAUCUGAAUCUCGAGGCAAUUAAUGAAUUGCUAUUUGUUUACGAAGAAUGCUUCCUAAACGAAAAUAAAGAACCACAGCAGAGCCAUGUUGAUAGCCUGAACUUUACCUUGAAAUCUUUUUUGGGAUACAAUCCACAACAGAUAAGGCUAAGGUCAUGUCAAUAGGCUAGGUCAGAAAAACUAAACAAGGAUAUUAGUGGAAAGCUGCUCUGACAGUGCCAGGACUUAAAAUAUGUGGGGAGCAUUUUCACUGAGAAUAUAGAGAGAGAGAGACAAAAAUGUGAUUUAGACAAGCUACUGAGACACCCAAGAAUAAAGAUCGAGACCAAGGCCUAGCUAAUUAACACUGUCUUUAUUUCAACCGUUACUUACCAUUGCCAGACCUGGGCUCUGAAUAAGAGCUGUCAAGAAAAAACUUCACCUGGGUGAUGAGAUGCUUAAGGCAACCAGCUAGUAAAACAAGAAGGGAACAUAUUGUGUUACAUAAUCAAAGAACACAUUGAUCACAUAAACCAUGUAGACCCAAACAUCAAGAGCAAUUUUGACAUUACAGAUGUCAGGCUUGAAAGAUCAGCAGCCAAAAGGUGCUGCCCAUUUUUCAAUAUUGAAGUAGCACUGAUAAAUUCUGAGGAUAUUUCAACAUUGAAGUGGUGUUUAUCCUUGGACAGCUGAAAUGCCAUAUUUAAAAUCAGUUUUCAAAAUUGUUGACUAGUGUCAUCAGCCAGGUUGCACACAUUUUUUUAAUAUACAUUUCAAAGUUUACCCCAUCAGAACUUUUCAGAUAAAGUACUAAUUUUUGGAAAGUAUGUAAAAUCAUUUUCUGUGUUGUAAAUGUGGAAUGUUUAAAAAUAAUUGGCGGUCUGGAAUGUAUAAGAAGUAUUCAAUUAAUGUUUAUUUUCAUUCAUUGUUUAAUGCAUGUAACCCUUUCAGUCCAUCAGUACACUAUCAAUGCCGGGUCAGCAAUCAAGUAAUUCACCAUUACCAUCACCGCCGCCUCAGAAGCCGCACAUUGGAGCAGAUGUCAAGCCCUCACAACAACUUCUUGAUCAAUUAAUGAAUGAAAACCAUUCAACCUCACAGGGGUACGUUAUUUUGAAUACAGCUUUUUAUCUAUUACAUAGGUUUCAAUUUUUAACAAUUAGUUCAUACUUUUGUCUUUCAGUUCAAAAUAAUGUUAAAAUAUAUGGGCCACCUUGUUGUAUGAGAAAUAGAGUUUUUUAAAUGUGAUUGAUGGUUGUGAUAAAUGAUGCAGCAUAAUGUAAUACAUUUUAAAUUUAUGGUAUUGAUCAUUUAAAGUCUUUAUAAUAUGUCAUCUAAUUUAAAUUAAUUUUUUUCAAAUACAGGGUGUCGUCCCCAACAAAUCCAGGACCAUCAACUACAUUCACACCAAGAGCUCGCACAGCACAUUUUAAUAUUCAAGAUUUAUACGCCAGAAAGUUUCGCAAGUUAAAGCGAGCAAUUAAAGAUGCUAUAUUUGUGAGUUCUCUAUUCUUUCUUACUAACAAAAUGUUUUUAAUCUUUAUAAAAUUCAUCUCAGAGAGAUCAAAUAUCAAAGAAGUAUUUUUUACUUGUGGGGGGAGUGGAAUUGCUUAUGCAACUAUUAACUAGCAUUUUGCAAUGAAAUGAAUGCUUUUAAAAUCUAUUUUUAAAAAUGAAAAGGAACUUUUUAAAAAAAAAGGUGAUCUACAUAACUUUAUUUAAGUUUCAGUAAUAUUCUCUGCUCUUAUUUGUUCAACAACUUAAAAUGUUUAGAUAAAAUUACAGUAUAAAAUCAUACAGGUAACAGACAAAUUUUAUUGUAUCUUUAUAGGUAAAUGGAGCUGUUUGUGAUGAGGUUUUGAGAACUGAAGAAAAAUUAGCUAAAGCAAAAGAAGAAAGGAGGUAAAAAAAAAUUUAUAAAUAUGUUACUUUUACACAUUAUCUUGGUCAAUUUAUUUAGCCUUUUGGUUUCUCGUUAAAAUGUAUUGCAUACUGAGCCAUCAGAUACAUUUCAUUCCAGGUUUCUUUUGCGGAAGCUCCUUCAGUAUCAGUCAGUCAACGAACCCAAUAUUAGUUCUCUUAAAUCUGAACCACAGACUCCAAACUCAAGGCAAGCAAAGGGUGAGUUGGCUUUAAAGCUACUAAAACAUCAGUGACUAGUAAUCUUCUCAAUCACCAUAUGUUUGUGGUCUCAUCUCAUCAGAGAUCAUCAGCUGCAUCGGGGUUUUCAAUAACAGAAUCAAUAGUGUUUUAUUACCAACAGUGCUUUAUCAAUAGUCUUCUUGUGUAACUUUUAGGAACCUUAACCGCUUAAAUAUAAUUAUAAUAAUAAAUAUGAUUACAGUUACUGUUUUGUGAUAUGCUCUAUUUUUCUGUAUUUUAUUUGUUUUUCUUGUUCUGCCCUUAAAAAUUUUCAAAGCCUUUUAUCAUUAGUAUGUUUUAAACUCAUUUACAUUGGAUAUUCAUAAUCUUUAAAAAGAAUAGGCCACUUUUUAACAGCCAACCCAAACUUUUAAGGUAUAUAUAUAAGGAGUAAAGGUGGUACUUUUUGCCAAAUGUACACUAACAUCAAGCCCAGCCCAUUAUUUUAUGAAUGUAACUUUUAAGACUGCUUUUAGAGUAUUAGAGGUCAAGGUAUUUUUGGUUACUGUUUCUUUUAUGUACUAGUCACAAAGCAUUAAAGUAAGAUUAUUUUUUUAACUUGGAGUUACCACCCCAUAGGUUGGGAAUACUUGACUAUAAAAGUAUAAUAGGAGAGUUUUUGUUGUUUUUUUUUGUUGUAACAUUUUAAUUUUCAUAUUACAAAUUCAUUUUUUUUUUUUCAUUUAAUUGUUGAGAGAAUUUGUAUGUCCCCUCCAGACACCAUAUUACGUUUUGUCAAAAUGUAAAUUAAUGGAAACUGAAAUCAUUUAAAUAAAAACUCUAUCACAGGAUUACUUGGAAACUUGUCGGCAGAUGGUGCUACUUCUGAGUACAGCGGGAAACCAAAAGCAAUGAAGAGAAAAAUGCAAGCAGCAAACUCAUCACUGCCAUCAGGUGCUUCAGCUGCAUCACUUCUAUCAUCAUCUUUGGGAACGCCUGCAACACAGCAAGGAGUUGGUGGGCCGAGUGAGGCCAAAAAGAAACACACCCAGUCUACAAAAGAUCCUUCUGGUAAAAAAAAAAUUUUUUUUCAAGUUCUAAAAAGGCGGGGUGCUGAAUACUUAACACAAACUAAAUAAUACAGUCCACAGUUUUUUUUUUAAUCGAUAUAUUUUGGCUUAAUAUGUCAGCUUCAAACUUGUUAAGUUAGAAGAAGAUUUUUAGGAUUUAAUUCUGUAAACACAUAUUUGUGGAGAAAAUUAUUUCAGUUUUCAUUUUAAAAAAAAAAUUGUUGUAAAUAUAAGAUUGGGAGUUCCAGUGAAAUAUUGAAAAUAAAUAUAUUUAUGACCAAGGGAAAUAACAAUAUUUCACAGACACACCAACUGUGCGUCCUAAAAAGGGAAAAGGAGCUGUCAAGAAAGUUAUUCCUCCACUCAUGUUGGACUCAUUGGGGAGACCAAUUUUUCCUAUGGUGUUAGGAGACAUCACACUUCACAGCAUUGGGGAGGUAGGAGUUCAUUUAUUUUAUUUUUUUCCUUAAGCAGGUUUUUAAAAAGUUUGGAAAUAUUAGUGAAACAUUAAAUUAAUUGUUCGCUGCAUUUGAGUUAGGGCACACUUUGUAUUUAUUUCCCAGAUAGUUCCUGAUCGUCUGAGCUUCCACUCAGUUGAGUCUAUAUACCCAGCAGGUUUCUGUAUCACCCGUGUGUUUGCCAGUUUACACAAGUUGGAUACAAAAUGUCUUUACACAUGCAAAAUAUCUGACAAUAAUGAUGGACCAUUGGUAGGUGUUGGGUCUUCUGGAAUACUAGACUAUUUAUGUUCUCAAUUUUCAGAACUCGAAGUAGCCAUUUUGCUGUUUAUUAUGGCGGUUGCAUGGUUAAAACUGAUUUUAACCUUUUACGUGUAUAACUUACUAUAAAUCUUACAUUUUCAUACUGGGUUUAUAAUUAAAUUCUUGUAAAACUUUUUUUAAAAACACAAAAAAUCAGAAUAUUUAUUAUCCUAAAGAAAUUUAAAAAAGACAGCAAAUUAUUAUUUCCAUAGGAGCCAAAAUGAUCAAUAAAUUGAUCGUGGGCCCUUAAGAUAUAGAAGAAGAAGAACUUUGAACUAAAGAUUUUCAACUUCUUAAUGAAUCAUUUACCCAUCAUCCCAAAAAAUAAAACAUUUUUAGUAACAUAGAAAAUAUCAUUUAAACUAGUGUUUGUCAUUUGCUCCAAACAUACAUACUCAGAAUUAAUGUAAUUUUUAGACUUUAAAUGCCAAAUGAGAAUAUCUUCCUGGUUUGCAUGGUGACCACUCUAAAUUUAAAGUCAGUUUGGCUUACUUGUGUAAGAAAUAUAUUGGUAUCUUUAACCUCGUCAGGUUAUAAAAGGUUACUUUUUUUUUUUUUUUUUAAACUAACGUAUUUUAAAUUUAAAUAUUGCUUUUCCUUUAUGCAGUUUGAAAUAGCUGCAGAAAAUAGCUCAGAUAUUGUGUUCAAAUCAACCUCACCAACAGACUAAGUCAGUUUGGCUUACUUGUGUAAGAAAUAUAUUGGUAUCUUUAACCUCGUCAGGUUAUAAAAGGUUACUUUUUUUUUUUUUUUUAAACUAACGUAUUUUAAAUUUAAAUAUUGCUUUUCCUUUAUGCAGUUUGAAAUAGCUGCAGAAGAUAGCUCAGAUAUUGUGUUCAAAUCAACCUCACCAACAGACUGUCACAGUCAACUACUUUGGGCUGUGAACAAAUCCAGGUAGGAUAAACAAAAAUGUUCAAAAUGUAUUCAAAACUUACUCUUAUCAAAAAAAUAAAUUAUUGUAUGACAUCAUGUGUGGUCAAUCUUUAUAGUUUAUUUAUUAUCUAAAUAUUCUUUUUUUCCCUUGGUAUUUAUGUUAAGUUAAUAUUUUGAUACCAUGUUUCGUUUCAGAGGUGCUUCUAUUGUCCAAGCCGAAGGUCAGGGUCUAGCCUUCUUUGGCCUGUCUCACCCUGUCAUUCAGAACCUCAUACAGUCGUGUCCUGGUGCCAGGAAGUGCUCUCGCUAUAAGUGGGUCAAAUUUGAAAUCAAUAAAGCUGAAACUAAUGAGAACGUUGCCGUUGGAACAACUGAUCCCUCCAUUAGCUAUGAAGCAUUUAAAUGUCACAUGCAAUCGGUUGGUGAGUAGUUAUUGGUUUCAACUGGCAAUUGAAACAACAAAUGAAUAUGUUAAUUGGAAAUAAACAGUUUCUUUUCUUGAUAUAAAAAAAAUUAUCAAAACUGUACUUCAAAUACUUAUUUAAUUUCAAUGAACUCAGCUGUGACACUUAAACUGAUUAAAAUAUUUUAAAUUCAAAUAGCACUUUAUUUUUUUUUCUUUAAGCUUUAAAAAUCUCUAUUUAUUCAAAUUUGUAUCAGUUGGCCAAAAGCGUGCAGCACUUCCAGCUCAUGUGGAACAGUCAACAAAUUUGAGAUCUCUGCUUACAAAGGGAAACUCAGGACUGUCUUAAAUUGUGUUCAUCAACAUACAUAAAAUGAAUCACAUUUUUGUAAAAAUUGACAAUGUGCCUUUACAUUUGAUAAAUAACAUUGCAAAGGGGACUAUGUAUAUUUUUGGGGUGGGGUUUUGUAAUAUAAUUAUUUCAUGUUUUGAUCGGAACAAUUUCUGUUAAAUUUGUUUACUUAUUAUUUAAUAUAUCUGUAGCCCCAUUCAUGUACCUGGUACAUAAUAAUAACUAACAAGUUAUACAACUAAGGGAAAUGUUUUUUGAAAAAAAAAACAACAUUAAGUGAAUAUUUUAUUUUACAACUCUGGCCUAUCCCCAAAAUUAGUGUCUGUAUAAUAUGCCAUAUUAGGCCCUGCCUAAAUAGGCUAACUCAAAAAACAAAAAAAAAACAACAACAAAAAGAAUUUUAACGGAUAUGUUCAUGAAUGCAGCCACAGAUAUGAUAAAUAAUGAUACUGUAAUGCGUUAUUUGCAGCAUUCUGUAAUUAUAUAUCUCAGAAUGGGACUUGAUAAAUUAUUUUGUUUUAUUUUUAUUACAGUUGCUUUUUCUGUUUAGAGUACAGGUAACAUAAAUUAAUUGGUAUAAUUCUUCUAAGUUUAAUUAAAAAAACAUAUAAAACAAAUCAGGCCUAAUACA